AAAUGUUCUAUCAGUUCUUUGCAACUGGAAAUCAGAGAUACUGCUAGUGUCAUGCGGACACUGAAAGAAAGCUUUUUGAUAAUAUAUUUGCUAAUGAUGAAUCUGCUAAAGAUUCGUCUAGUUGCGAAUUUUUACACAUCAUCUUAGCCACAAAUUCGGUAUAAGAAUGUCUGCUUCUAUUAUCAUAUGUGCAUGAUAUAAUCUCUGAUAGUGCGUCCAUCUGUUUACGUUUGCUCCAAUACUGCUGCAGGAACUGGGAGAUGGAGUCCUCCAGGCUAUUGAUAUCUCACAUCCGGCUUUUGAAAAACAUCAGCAGCUCGCCAAGUAAUAGACUGGACAGUUGGAAACGCCAUACUAACCAAGAGGUUGGCGGUGGCGGAUGGUGGUUGACUGGCUACAUCGUAUGGGGAUUGGUUGGCGGCAUUCUCUGCUCCCUCGGCGACACCUGGAGCGAUCUGCGGAGACGUCGGUACUGGGUUGGACGCCCUCACUCCCUCAUCUCCCUCAGCCAGACUCUCAUCGGAGUUAAUCGCAUCUACGACGUUAUCGAUCUUAGUAGAAGACAAUUGGGCCAGGUUUUGCGGGUCGAAAUUGAUGGAGCAUAUGCUGCCUCCCUCUCUCUCUCGUGGGGUCUCUGCUGCAUUGUCCUGGGGUUGUUGAUUUGCCGGUGUCAUGGUCGUAGGGUUCUGGGGGUGGUCACUAAAGUAGGAAAUUUGUGAGUUAGCCGGUGACUGGUUCAUGGUGACGUUAUUAUGUAUUACUUCAAAUAAAUAGCCGAGUGUACUACCAAAUUACCGGAAUAUUAAAAUGGACUCACUGCUAGUGCCUAUUCUGGAUGAAAUUGUGUGGUGUUAAAAGUUUCAAGUGUCAUGUACAUAGAUUAUGAAAAGAACAUCUAGUUACAGGUAUGAUUGCCAACAUGUAUAUAUUACAUUAAUAUAGUUCUUAAAAUUUUAGUUAGGGUCUUAUCUUCCUCAAUAAUGAUAAUGUUAUAAUGCUUCAGAUAACCUAUAACCCUGGUCAGCAUACAAUAUCUAGAUUCAAAGAUCAAGAUCAAAAUUUGGUUAUAAAAUUUUAUGGAAAUUUCCAUCCAAUUUUUCUUUAUUAUGAGAAUUAUGUUAUCAAACUCGUGUGAUACAGUUUGUCUGUAUUUAUGCAGCUUGAAAAAUUUCAAUUUGGAGAGCAACUCAAUUAUUUCAGCCAGAAACUUACAAUAGAUCAUCAGAUAUAUCUUGUUGAAUAAACUUCAGAUUAUACUGCUUGCAGCUUUCAGUUUUAUCAAUAAUUUCAUUAAUCAUUGAUAGUAAGAUUGAGUAGGUAAGCUUUUCAUCAUGCCUCACGCUUGUGGUUCCAUAAUUGUGUAAGGUGGUAAAUUGCAAAUCCUUUACAGAUGAUACGAUGUUCUUGAUAUUUAUAAGAGCAGUAGCUGAAUU